CAACAAUUCCGCAGUGUUCUCUUCGGUUCGGAAUUUUUUCUCAUGUGCCUACUGUGCAAUUAAACAAUUUCGCCCGCUUACAGACAGCUGUAAGAUAAUAAGAGCACAAUUGUUAAUAACUGAACGAAAAGACGCAGCUAAUGAAUGCAGCAUUUUGAGUGUGUGUUUAUUUCAAUUGCCAAAAACCAUAAAAAACGCCGAGAAGGUCAGAAAAAUGUACACAGGCGCAUACCUGCGCCCGUGUGUGUGUGUGUGUGUGUCCGUAUGUGAACGUGUGCGUGUGAGUGCGCAGAAAGUUAUACCAGCUGUCAUCGACUGGCGUAUUUAUCAAUAAAUAACUACUGUGAUCAACAGAAAACUUCAGUUACUGGCUCCGAGCGCACAUAUUUCCGUGUUCCCGGCGAUUCCCGGACAUUAAGCAGGCGUACAAUCCUCGUGCCCGGUGUGCAGGACUCUCAGGAUUUCGCAAGAUAUACGUAAAUGCCACAGGCAGAGAUUUGAGGAUGAGGAGCUACUGACGACAGGCCUGUCAAGUGCAGCAAGAGUCCCCAGUGAUACGCAAUAGGAGGGCCAUCCACCCCGGCCCCGCUCCCGCCCCAGUUCAUAUCCACCUGGAAAUCAAGCGGAAUCCAAGCAGAAAGCCGGAUAAUCCGCAUAACCAGGCCGCAGAACACUUGCAGCCGCGGUGGCGACCACACGGCGGCUGGGCAGCUGGGAUUCCUAGGAAAGGCAACAGCAGGAGAGGCAACACAGUUUAUUCGACGCAUUCGAAUGGAAUUUGUUUGUUUCGCUAGCUCGUUGCCGCGUUGGAUGCCACCAAACGAAAAAAGAUGAACAAUGAACAAGCGCCGUCAUUAUCGGACACACCGGCGGAUCCGAUCCCUGUGGGAUCUGGAGGAGCAGCUGGCAAGCUGCCCACGAUCAUACCGGACACGCCCAUCGUCUCGAUUGCCGCUGGCACGAUGAGCGAGAGCACGACCACGACCACAGCCACCAAAACGACGCCGACGCCGAUCCCGCAGGAGCAGCUCAUCACCAUGAUGUCGGAUCAUGUGGCGCCGCUGGAUGUGGGGAUGGCCGGCCUUGAACAGGCCUCCCGCAGCCCGGAGGUCAGAGACAGCAGCCAGAGAGCUCCAGCAGUGGGUGCCAACCACGUAGCAACCAGCAGUUGCAACAGCAACAGCAGCAGAGGCAGUGACCCCAAGAAGUCAUCACCCCCAAGUAAUAGCCAUAGCUCUACUAACCACGCUGCAGCGACAGAGGCAGGAGCGGCAGGGGCAGGAGCAGGAUCAGAAGACUCAACCUUCUCGCAGGUCUUCGCCAUGCUGGCGGACUCGCCCAGUGCCGAACUGUCGCAUCCGAACCGCAGAGUCCUUCAGUAUGGAGCCACUGCUAAGGGCAAGACACAAGACGAUCAGAAUGUCGGCAAACGACAAAAGAAGAAAAAGACAAAAUACGAUGCCUGGGAGGAUAGCGACUUUAAUGAUCUCGACGACGCAUCAUUGAAGAAACUUCUUGAGGAGGCAUACUGGUAUCGAAAUCCUGGCGACAGGAAGAACAAGAGCGAGCGAUUUCUGCAAAUGCUCAAAAAGGCUGAGUACGACGAGGAGAUCUCUCAUCGUGCCAACAAAUCCGGCCUCACACUCAACCCAUCCGCACUAGCGUCCAGUGCAGCGGCAAUUGGCUCGAGCGGCGGAGGCAGCAGCAGUGCAGGGCACAACAGCAGCUACAGCUCCAGCUCCAGCAAUCACCGGUCCACGGAUCCCGGCCAGCAGCGGCACAAGCAGGGCGGCUCCCUGCAGGAUCUCGUCGAGGCGACGCACCGCAGCGAGCUGGCCACCACUUCUGCGGCGGCGGCGGCGGCUGCAGCGACGGCGGCGACAACGGCAGCAGCAACCCAACGUUUCAACUGUGAUUACCAGCUGAGUGGCCGCUCGAAUCGGCGCCAGCAGCACAACCAAAACGCCACCUCCUCCUCCGCUUCCGUCUCUGCCUCGAAGAAGAUCAAGAACUCGUACGUGUCGGGUCGUCAGCGCGAAGGAGGCAGCCUGCCCAGCAGCGUUAACUUUGAGCCGGCUGCUGCCAUGGAUGCCAAGCAGCACAAGCAGCAGGCUCAGCUCUCAGAGUCUACAUCUGGAGUUGGCUACAAGAACAAGCACCAUCAUCAUCGCAGCAGCACCGGCAGCUGCAGCAGCCUGCCCAGCCAUCUCAGCGAUCGCGAUCCGGAGGCGGCCAUCCAGUUCGACAUGGACGAUGACAAGGCGACGGGUGCCGGUGCCGGUGCCAGCACUAGCGGCGUCCAGCACGACUACCUGUUGGAGCAACUGGAGCCACAGAAUCCCUCGAUGACGUUCCUGCUCGACGCUCUUAGCGGCAAGCAGAUGCAGCCGGCGGUGGCUAGAGAGGCCAGAGAGACCGGUGCGUCGGCCGGUGCGUCGGCCGGUGGUGCCGCCAAGGAGUUCCUAAUCGACGAUCCGUUGCACUUCUCCGUUUUGGAGGCGUCCGCCAGGAGCCAGCUGCAGCUGCAGGCCCACUACCUGGCCGCCAUCACCGGACAGUUCGGGCUCGGAUUGGAGGAGCAGAAGCGCAAGGUGGAGACCGGCUACGUGUCGCUGAACGACCACUACACGGCCUGCUCCUCAGUUUACGGCGGCGGCGCUGGUUCGCCGGCUGCCAUCGAGGGCAGCAAGCCCUCGACCUCCUCCUCGACCUCGUCCGGCGGCAGUACCUGCGGCGCCCCCUCAUCCUCCUCCUCCGACGCGCUCUCCGGCGACCUGCGUCCCGCCAAGAUCGGACGCAUGGUCUCCGCCGCAGCGUCGACGGCAGCUGCAUCGAUGGGUGGCAAGGCCACUACGCGCCAGCUAGACGAGAAUGGCAAUGCAUUGAGCGACGGCUACGGAGGCAACGCAGCCAGUGGAGUCGCCACCAGCAGCAAUGGCAACCAGUUCACGGCUUUGAUAACCACAACGGUGGGAGCGAGUGCAGUGACCUCGUCGAUGCCGCACCGCCAGAACAGCGUGUCCACGCUGCUCUCCACGGGCACCAAUACGGCCACCACGGCCAUGGCAGCGGCGGCUGUGGCCGCAUCCUACAGCCAGCUGCAGCAGGCUCCCGGCGGCGGCACAGUGGGUGCUCCCGGUUCGGGCAUUGGCAUUGGCAUGGGCCUGCAGCAACAGCAGCAGCAGCAGCAGCAUCAGCAGCAGCAGCCCACCAAGCAGAAGGCAAAGAAGAAGUCGCAGCAGGAACGAAACACGACCACCGUGGAUGUGGAGUCGGUGGCCGGAUACCGGGGCAACGAUCCCGUCGAGCAGCUGGUCAAGUACAUCGAGAACGAUGUGAAUGGCGGCGGCGGUGGCGGUGGCAACGGGAACGGGAGCGGUAACAGUGCGGCGGGGCAGCGCAAGAAGGAGCGCAAGAAACAGAACAAGCUCAAGAAGAGCAACUCGCUGGAGGAGCUGCGCAGCUGCUCCAAAAUGGAGGUGGACGACCUGAAGCGCCAGUCGGCCACCACGGAGAUGAUGCGUCAGAAGAAGGGAGGCGGCGCCAACAAUGCCUCCGGAUCAUCGUCCUCGGCCGCAUCCGCAUCCUCGGCAACGAGUGGCAAGCACAACUCGUCCUCCGUGGCGGACAUAAACAAGAAUUGCAACAAGGAGCAGCAGCAGCAGCAGCAGACACAAGUGCAGGUGCGCAACAGCAGCAGCAACAGUAAUCCGGGAUCCGGAUCGCAGCAGCAACAGCAGCAGCAGCGGAAGGGAGGCGAGCGACGAUCGUGGGGCACCGAGGAGCUGCAGUACUUGGGCGAUCACCAGGAGAUGACACCAGGAGCUUGGUCGGAACCGGAGACGACUGUCGGCGGCCAGAAGCAGCUGCCACUGGCGGCCGCCCUGGCCCGCAUGUCCGAGCUGGAUGCCCUGAACACUGUGCUGUCGGAGACCGCCGAAUUCCAUGUGGUGACCAAGAAGAAGAAACCAAAGAAGCAGCGAGCCGUCACCAUGGACGAUGCGGCCGUGGCGGCUGCUGCCAGCGCUGGCGGCAAUCUGCAACGCAUGCAGCAGAUCACCAAGUCGGCCUCCUCCAAUAUGAUGUCCCAGCGGACGCACUACUACACUCCCUACGGCAGCAACAACAACAACAACAACAAGCAGCAACAGCAGCAGCAACAGCAACAACAAUAUCAGGAACAAGCGGGACAGCAGCAGCAGCACCGUCAUCAUCACCAUCAUCACCACUAUCAUCACCAUCAUGGCGGAUCGGCGGUGGCCAACCAGGUGGAUGGCUCGCGUCGCAAGUCAACCUCGUCGAUGCCGCCGUCCGAGAAGUCCGACUCCAGUGAUCUCGACUCGGUCCACUCGCUGCCCAUCCAGACGGGCAAGAAGAAGAGCCUGGGCGGCGGCAGCGGCGGCGGCGGCAGCAACAACAACAAGCAGCGCGCUGCCCAGGCUGCCAGUCAGCGAAGCCAGGCCAAGCAGCAGCAGCAGCAGCAGCAGAACAUCAACUCCCCAGCACCCAUUUCGUAUGCGGAUAUUGCGAGGAACAAGCAGGAGGCCCUUAACAAUGCCAUCGCCAGCGACACGGAGUUGGAGCUGGGCGACAAGUUUCAGGCUUCCAAGGGUGGCGGCAAGUCCAAGGCGCGGCCCGACUUUCCAGAGCUGCCAGGUGCGGCAGCAGCAGCAGCAACAGCCACACCAGCGUCUGCAGGUGGAAGCAUGACGACCUCACAGGUGGCACAGGCUAGCAACCAAAACACGGCGCCGUCCUCGUCCAGUUCGAUCAGCUACUCACAGAGCCUGAAUGCCACGCCCGCCAGCAGCAGCAGCGAUGCGGAGUCCACCAACUCGCCGGAGCUGCAGCUGCAGGAGGCCACACCCAUCCCAAUGGCGGCCACGAGCAGCAGCAGCAGCAGCAGUUUUGCCGCCAGCAGCACAUCAUCCACAGCCAUGGGCACAUCCACCUCCAUCUCCACGCCGCCGGCACUGCAAAAGUCGAAGAGCGUGGAGCACGAUGCCAGCUACAGCUGCAACAGCAGCAACCUGGACCAGCAGUAUCCGGCGCUGGAGAAGACCGUCAAGCGGCACAGCACCAGCAAUGUGUCGGUGGCCGCUGCCGCCUCGUCCACUACCACGUCGACGGCCUCGUUGUACAAUUUUGCAGCAGCAGCCAAGCAGCAGCUGGCGGAGAAGGCUUCAUCCUCAUCCUCCGCAGCAGCAACAGCAGCAACAACUACCUCAGCAACAGCAACAGCUCAAACUGCAGCCACAGUUCCUGGUUCGUCCGCAUCCACAGCUCCAGCCACAGCACAGGCUUCAACUUCGACUACAUCUCCUGCUUUAGCCCUGGCCUCGCUUAAGGCCAAGACCAAGCCAAAGGAGCUAUCUCCUAGCAGCAGCAACAGCAGCAACAACAGCAGCAGCAACAGCAGCGGCGGCAGCAAGAAGCCAGCGGCGAAGCCUAGUCAAGAGGAGUCCAUCACGCCCAAGACGACGACCACCACGCAAAAGACCACGGCUGCCACGCAGACCGAGGGAGUCAAGAAGCUGAUUGGGGGCAUCCACAAGCUGGCCACCAGCAGCAGCAGCAGCAGCAGCAGUAGCUGCAUUGCCAAGGGAGCCGGCGCUGUUUUGGAGGCCACCGGCGGCAGACGCGCUGUGAUCAUAUUGAACGAUGAUCGCGAAGCGGGCAGGAGCGCCAACAAUGAGUUCAUCUUUGGCGACUUCAACGAGGACGAACUGAAGCUCUUCGACGACAAUUUAGAAGACGACCAUGAAGAUGCCGAUCAGCAGCAGCAGCAGGAGGAGGAGGAGCAAGAGGAGCAGGAGGACCAGGAGGACCAUCACAAGCAGGCCUCGAAUAAGCAUCAGCAGACGGAGGCGGCCGAAUCGGAUGCGGGCCAAGAUGAAAUCGAAGACCCAGACAGCGAGGUGGAGAAUCAAGGCAAGCGAUCGGCGAUCAAGAGACAGGAGCAGGAUGUGAGCGGCAGCAGUAAUCAGCAGCUGAACGAUUCCGGGACCGCUUCCGAUGCGGUCAACAGCUCGACCAGCCUGGACAUGCUCUCCAUUUCGGCGGAGGCGGCACAGUCGUCACCGAACGCAACCGGGACAACGGCCAACUCGUCGAGCGCCGCCAGUCUAAUUAACAACUCGUCCACGCCAUCCGGUUCAUCGUCGUCCGCCUCGGCGAGCACCUCGACCUCAUCGUCCUCCGUCUCCAUAUCGUCCUCUUCGGGCGGAAACAGCAAUGGCAAUGGCAAUGGCAAUGGAAACGGAGCCACCUGUCUGGCCUCCAUUUCGGGUAUGCUCGGGGGAGUGGCCAAUCAGUCGGGGGACGACAGCGGCAUCUAUGCGGCCGCCAACACGUCCAUCAGGGAGCACGUCAACAACUUCCUCACCAAGGCCAGCAUCAGCGAGGAGGCGCCAGCCAUAUCGAUGCAGCAGCUGGAGACGUGCAACGACAUCGAGGCAGCCAUCAUAGCCGCCGCCCGUGCCGCCGCCGCUGCGCGAAGCGCCAGCUGCAGUCGCAGCAACUCGCAGGAGCAGCAGGAGCUGCUGCCGCUGGCCAAGACGACCAAGACGAAUCCCAAUGCGGAGCCAAAGGUGGCAAUGCCCGUGUUCAUGGCCUACAACGACGAUGACGAGGAGGACGACGAGAGCCUGCAGGAGCUGAGCUUCAUGGCCGACCUCAAGGCGGACGCUGGCACGACGCCCGCGGAGGCGGAGGAGAUCACAGUGCUGCCCUCCGCCCAGCCCUCGCGUCCGGCGAUGAUGACCAACACGGAACUGAUUGUCGACUAUAUCGCCAACACCUGGAAUGCCAUUGCCAAUAGCAAGUAUGUCACCUACUAUACCGAGCAGGAGACCUAGGAAUCUAGGAACUUAGGAACCUAGGAACCAACCGAGUCAGUUCAGUUCAGCAAUCGCUGAAGCAUCAGCGACAUGCCAGCAACACCAUCAGCAACAGUAACACCAGCAACAUCAGCAACAUCAACAACACCAGCAACAUCAGUAACAUCAGCAACACCAGCAACACCAACAGCAACAGCAACGUCAGCAAUAUCGAUAGCAAUUUAACGAGAGCAUCGAACAUUGGCUGAAAGCUGAAGUGGAGUGGAGUGGAGUGGAGUUUAGUUCGAAUUGCAUGUUCUGAUGUUUAUAUAUUCUUCUUUUUUUUUUACUUUGUGCUGGGCCAUCUCGUUUAUGCAUACACUAUAAAUAAUUGCUAUAACAAUACGCUUUUAUGCUAAUUAAUGUUACGAAUGUAAACGAAUCGAUAGCUUAACUAUUGAUUACAAUUUCGAGUGCGAGGGCAGAAGUUGUAGGGAACAGAGCUGUCCGAUAUGAGGUAUUGGGAAGUAUGAGAUCUAAUUAGAUGCAUGUCAAGGAUGUAGGGGCGUGGUUCCGGUUCAGCCAGCCUAAUCGGUAAUCCAUCGCCUGGAGAGGAUAAAAACAAAAAACGAAAAAAAAACAUAAAAACACAAAAAAAAACACACGGGGGACUUUGAACAAUAACGAGAAGAAAAAACCCUCGAUCCGUUCGUACAGCUGUGAAUAAGUUGGAAAACAUAACUAAGAAAGUGAACUUAAGAGAGAAAGUAAUCGGAAUUAGAGGAUAUUUAUUUAACGUUAGUUAACAGCGAUUUAAACGUUUCUUCGCCACGAGAUGCGAUGCAUAGUGAUGUUCAAUCAAGCAUUUUGAUCUGCUUUUGUUAAUUUACAACCUUCUGGCUCCUUAAAACGCAACGUUUUACCAUUACUAUUACCAUUUACUAUUUACUAUAUACUAUUACUCUACAUUAAAUAUAAUUACUAUUAUUAC